AGUUUAUUUGUAAUAUGCAGACGUUGUGUUGAAAUUUUGCUUAGCAGGUAUGUUUAUUAACAAUUCAACACUUGCAAUAGUUGACGUCAGAUGAACGAACAAGUGAAAACUACGGGAGCCGAAAAUAACCCUCACAAAGUAUAUAGAAAUGGAGAGAACUAUUCAAAAAAAUUGAGAAUUGUUCACAUAUCUGAUACCCAUCUUGAAAGGGACAAUCAGAAUAUACCAGACGGUGAUAUAAUUAUUCAUUCAGGUGAUUUUGGUCAAUACAGAUCGGGAUUAUCAAAGGAAGAAUACUUUUCAAGAUUGAACAGUUUUUUUAAAAAUCUACCUCAUAAAUAUAAGAUUUUCGUUGGUGGAAAUCAUGAUAGUCCUCUGGUAGAUUGCCAGAGAAGUUUAAUAACCGAGUGUCAGUAUUUGAUUGAUGAAUCGGUGACGAUAGAAGGUAUACGAAUAUACGGAUCACCUUGGAACAAGUGGAGAUAUACAUCGUUUGCCAGAGCGUUUACCAUAAAGAAUAUAAAAGCCAAGUGGGAAUUAAUAGAUCAAGAUUCGGACAUAGUUGUAACUCAUCAGCCGCCAUUUAAUUUGCUCGAUUUGGCCAGUUAUAACCAUUAUAUACCGAAUUUUUUGGUUAAACUUCUAAGCUCUUCUCGCUGCGAGAUUUGUAGUCAAUAUCAUCCAGGUAGAAAUCAUUGGGGAUCGAAAAGUCUUCGAAGGAUUCUAACUGAAAAGAUAAAGCCAACACUACAUCUAUUCGGUCACGUUCACGAGUGUUUUGGGGCUACAACAAACGAUAAAAUACUCUUUUGUAACAGCGCUAUUAAACAACGGGGACAUCCUCAGGUUAUCGAUUUCUACUUUUAA